AUGAAAUCCUUAUAAGGUGAUAAUCCAAUCACACCCCUAACUGAGAAGUCCAUACUUUUACCUGACAAUAAUAAUCAAGAGUAAUUUUGUCCUCUUAGCCAAUUAAAUAAUUUAAUACACCAAAAAUAAUAAAAUCAAAACAAUUAAUUAAAUCCAACAAUUUUGACACUUAAAAAAAAUCUACAUUAUAAAUUAAAUUCUGAUCAUCAAGACCUAAUCUAGAGGAAGAAGAACCAAUUAAGAAAUGGUUACGAAUAACAAUAACUGCAGCAAUGCCCAUUCAAACCAAGAAUUAGUCAUAAAAGCAUCGAGAUGAAGUCCAAAGAUAUCUCAUAACCACGUUAUUUGUUAGCUAAAAAGGUUUACAUCCAAGAAUGCUCAGAACCACUCUAGACUCAAUAAUACCCCUCAUAGAAAAUCAAGAAGAAAUCAAACAAAGAGAAACACUUUUGGGAUAGAUUUAGUCAGAGUAAACAAAGUGUACCAUAAAAUCCAUAUUAUGUGUCCAAGGUUAUCAUAAUGAAAUAGGGCAAAUUCCAAAUUAUGAAAAUUAUUAUAAAAUUAACUUUCCUGUUUUAAUAACAGUGGAAUAACUCAAUUUAUUCAUGGAAAUUUAAGAGUCUAUAAUCUAGAUCUAUUAAUAUAGAAAUAUGGCAUCUUAAAAGUGAAUCACUUGGUUUAUAGAAAAAGCACACUACUAAAUAAACCUAAAUGUUGGCAACUUAACAUCGAAAAAGAGUGGCUUCUGAAAUUUAACAUUCAUAUGUCACUUUGAAUGAUUACGACUAAAUCUAUAACAAAAAUAAAUAAAAAUUGAUUGAUCAAUAAGAAAGAAUCAACUAAGAGCGAUGCACCUUUAAUCUUAAAAUCAACGAGGCUCAAGUGAAAUCAAAAUAUCUCUAAUCCAAGCCACAGAAGGUAAAUAAUGAAGUAAAUCAAUCCUAAAUUAAUAUAACUUAAUUUACUCAGAACAAAAUUAAAACUAGGCCGGCUCUAGUUGAGAUGAAACCUGCAAAUAGCAAUGUAGCUAUUGAAAGGAUGAUUAAAGGAAGAGUUCAAAGAUAAUUAAGCUAGGCAAUAAUUAAGUAAAGAACUUGUAAUUCCAAAAAGAGACAACACUUAGAAGAAUAAAUUUAUGAAUAAGAGAUGAGGCAUAAAUAGCCGUUGAUGUUUAUAGAUGUCAUUGUGGACAAUUACAAGAAGGAGAGGAUUGCUGUAAAUUAAAAUGAUACUGCUUCUAAAUUGGCUACUUACAUCAUUAACAAAAAUAAGAUAGACAAGAGUCUUUAAGAGAACCUAAUCAAAUUAAUCUAGCAGCAGUUACUGAAUCAUUGA